AUGAUUAAAGGAACAAUAUAUGUGAUAAUUUCUUGCAUAGUUGUAUUUAUAAUUAAUAUUUUAUACAUAUUAAUUAACAAAAAAGCUAUUAAUAGACGAGAAAAAUUUUCUACAUUUGAGUGUGGUAUAGACUUAAUAGCAUCUUUGCGACUUCCAUUUUCCCUGCAUUUUUAUUUUAUUUCAAUUGUUUUUUUGAUUUUUGAUGUAGAAUUGAUAUUGAUUUUACCAUUCGUGUUCUGUUUUAAGUUGUUCAAUAUGAUAAGUAUAUUUUUAAUAAUUUACAUACUUGUUUUAUUUAUUGUAUUAGGGUUUUUUUAUGAAUGAUGAGUGGGAUUAUUUGAAUGAAUAAUAUAA